ACAGCCCUAACACACUGAAACCAUGAAGGUUGUGGUUGCUCUGCUUUUCUGCGCUCUGUGUUUCCUGGGCCUGGAUGCUCAAUGCCCAGAACCGGGCACCCUGAAAGACGCUGAGGGUAACAAGAUCUGUGCUCGCAUGUUUGAAGACAGCAACUACUACUACAACCAAAGCUGUGGGGGAGAGUACAUCGAUGCCUAUCCCAGUGAAGACGUCCCAAUCAUUCCAUGGCGCUGGAACAACCGCAUAUCUUCUCUGGUGGUGAACAAGCUCUGCUCCCUGACUGUGUGGUCUCGCAUCAAGAAGAAUGGAAGCAAGCGGAAGUUUUCUUCUGGCAUCCAAUACCUCCUUAAAGAUGUGCAGCAGGGCCUGCUUGGAAACUGGGACAAUGACAUCUCUGCGUAUUACUGCGUGUGCUAGAUGCUGCUGAAGCAAGCAGAUGAGGAGAGACUGAAAAUCAACUAUUGAUGGGAAGAAUGUAAUAAAUUAAUUUUGUAAUCUGUUAAAUUAAAAUGUCUAGACAUGAAUGAUUUUAAAUUGAAUAAAACAUUAAAUUUGUUUCAUCUGCA